GAAUUAUAGCUGACGGAAUUACUACUAGCAGACUGAAAUUCUGUAAUCGUGCUGGUCUUAUUUAUAAUUUUGUACAAAUAGAGGUUGCUUCUUUUGAUUUUUAAUAAUUAUUGUUUUCUAUUAUUAUUUGCUCAAUAACUGUCAAGAUGUUGCGUAUUGGAGCACGAGCCGUACGUAAUACCUUAGUUAGUCGAAAUUUCGCCAAUGCUCCGGCUCAGGAAGCUGCGGUAUCGGCAGCCUUUAAAGUUCAGGAUAACAAAGAUUUUAACGAACGUGUUAAAAACUCUAAAGUGCCUGUAAUCGUUGACUUUUUCGCUACAUGGUGCAAUCCGUGUCGUAUGUUAACACCACGUUUAGAGUCAGUCAUUGCUGAGAAGCAAGGUAAAAUUCUCCUGGCUAAGGUUGACAUCGAUGAGAAUACAGAUCUUGCCUUAGAUUAUGAGGUAGGAUCCGUUCCUGUUCUUAUCGCCAUGAAGGAUGGUAAAGUCUUAGAGAGAAUAGUUGGUCUUCAAGAUACGGAUAAACUUCGGCAGUUUGUUAACAAAUACGCUGAGCAAUAAUAACUUGGAAAUUCUAAGUAAUCACAGUAACUUUAUAAUUGAAUUUAUUAGCAGUAUGAAAAUAAAAUAGGUAUAAUCAAAGUUGUACUAUGGAGCAGUAGAUACUUUAACGUAGUGUAUAUUGUGCAAUUAAAGCUAUAGCCUUGUGAAAAUCUGUUAAACAGAGAUUAUUUAUACGUAAUCUGCAACGAUGAUGUUAUUAUGUAACUAAAUAAAUAUAUUCAUUUGUAAUGUA